CAACCGCCAUUUUGCAGUGACUGUUGAUGAAGGGGAAACUGGAAGAACCGGUGAUUUCGGCCCCAAAACUCGACAUGAAAAUGGCUGCAGAAGUCGAGCGGACACUGAGCCCAGGUGCAGAUGGUGGUCGUCAGUUUGAUAUGGACGACUUUGACAUUUUGGAUGCCGAGCAGGGGGCCGACGCCCGCUCGCUGGAGCUGAAGGGCCACGUGGGGUUUGACAGUUUACCUGAUCAGCUGGUGAACAAGUCCGUGUCUGGGGGCUUCUGUUUCAACAUUCUGUGUGUGGGUGAAACUGGAGUGGGAAAGUCUACUCUGAUGGACACCUUGUUUAACACCCAGUUUGAAGAUGAGCCGGCAGCCCAUGAUGUACCAGGAGUGCACCUCAAGUCUAAAACAUAUGAGCUUCAAGAAAGCAACGUGAGACUGAAACUGAACAUCGUUUACACUGUCGGCUUUGGGGACCAGAUCAACAAGGAAGACAGUUACAAGCCUAUAGUAGAGUACAUAGACCAACAGUUUGAGAACUACCUCCAGGAGGAGUUAAAGAUCAAGCGAGGACUGCACAUGUACCAUGACACACGUGUACACGCCUGCCUCUACUUCAUCACACCCACUGGACACUCGUUAAAAUCCUUGGACUUGGUCACAAUGAAGAAACUUGACUCAAAGGUGAACAUCAUCCCCAUCAUAGCAAAGGCAGACACGAUAUCCAAGAAUGAGCUGCACAAGUUCAAGAUCAAGAUCAUGAGUGAGUUAGUGAGCAACGGAGUCCAGAUCUACCAGUUCCCCACAGACGAUGAGACAGUGGCUGAGCUCAACGCUACCAUGAAUGGCCACUUGCCAUUUGCAGUUGUUGGGAGUACAGAUGAAGUGAAGGUGGGAAACAAGAUGGUGAGAGCACGGGUGUACCCAUGGGGUACUGUGCAAGUGGAGAACGAGAACCACUGUGACUUUGUGAAGUUGCGAGAGAUGCUGGUCCGAACCAACAUGGAGGACCUACGGGAGACGACGCACACGCGUCACUACGAGCUGUUCCGCCGGUGUCGUCUGGAGGAGAUGGGGUUUGUGGACGACGACUCGGAUAACAAGCCAUUCAGCCUACAUGAGACAUACGAGGCCAAGCGUGUGGAACACCUGAAUGAGCUGCAGAGGAAGGAAGAGGAGAUGAGACAGAUGUUCGUGGUCAGGGUCAAGGAGAAGGAGGGAGAACUGAAGGAGGCUGAGAAAGAACUCCAUGCCAAGUUCGACCAGCUGAAGCGGCAACACUCGGACGAGAAGAAGAAGCUGGAGGAGAAGAAGAAGAUGCUUGAGGAGGAGAUCAACCUGUUCAACAAGAAGAAACAGGCGGCCAUGGCAGCGCAGCAGCAAGCCCAGCAGGCUGCCGCCUCUGCCACGCAGACCAUCCCCAAGGCACACAAGAAAAACAUGCUACCUUGGUAACGAAGGAUCAAACACAUUGCAUGAUCUCGGCCGCAACGCCCCACAUCGCGUGUCUGGCGGCUGGUUGGCUGCUGGGUGUUCCCCCCGACGGACAGUCUGCCCGGUACCCCGGACUGGAGACAUCCAGCCUCUUCGGACGUCCACAGAAGAAACGCGCUCCAGAAUCUAUUUCCGUCGUAUUAGAGUAGGUACAGUGUACACCAGGGGACAUUUUUUCCUUUGCAAACCAAUGAAACCUACACUAGUGUCCCUCUAUUGUAGGAGUUUCUUUCUAGAAACCUUCUUUUGUGAGCCAGCAGCCAUGUUGUGUAAAAUCCUAUGUUGUGGCAGCUACAAUGCACUUUGAACUCCAAAAUAAGAAACAUAGACGCAAGAUGGCAACUAGAAGACAUUUCUAUCCGUGGAAACAUAUCGAAUUAUUUCUUCAGUGUUGACUUUCCUGCUGUUUUGUCAACUUUUGUCUUAUGGGUUUUUUUUCCUACUUGUAACAAAAUGGCCCCUCUUGUACACUGGUUACUGCUAAAAACUGAGACCAUGGCUUUUAUAACUAUAAUCUAAUAUUAUAAUAGCAUAAUAUUAACGAGACUCUUCAAGGAGGUUAUAUGAUUGGUUAUGGCAUCUUUGCACUGUGCAAUAUUUAAACUGAAUGAUGUAGUGUAUAAACCUGAUACAAACAGUACGUUUUAUGUAUAUCUAACAGCAAUGGUGUUAUUUGUUUUUAUUUCUAAUGCAAAAAUGUAGACUCAUGGGCAGAACCUUAGCAUAAAACAUCAUGUCUUUGGCUGCAUCUUGUAGAUAGCUUUGAUUGUCACAUUUCUUCAGCAUCCCAGCAAGAAAGAUGAUAAACAACACUUAUAUAGAACUGCUGUAACAAACAUAUGCACUAGUUUAACACAUGUAUGUACUGGUAUAAAUAUAGAUGGGUACUCAAAAAGUGAUGUAUUUUGACAAAUUUUAGGAAUUUUUGUCUCUACAUUUCCUUACGUUUUGACUAGAAUAAUCAAAUGUUUUUGCAUGAAUGAAUCGAAGAAUCAGUACAAAUAAUUUUGAUUGACGCAAUGUACUUUUCAGUAAACCUCUUGGAGACCUGGAGACUUUCUUUACAAUUUUUUGCCUUAUCCCCAUACAAUUUUUGUGUUAAAGUUUUUUUUUUAUAGGAAUUUUUCCAAUUCUGUUAUUUUCUCCUACAACAUGUAGAUUUGGAGUGACUCCAGAGAAGUUUUGAAUCUCUCGCAUAUGUCAGCAUAGCAUGUCAUCAAUACUUGGCCAACUUAUUGAAUUCCCAUUCUAUCUACCAUGUUAAGAUUUAGUAAUAGUAUAAUACACACAGGAGAUGGGGCAUAGGUGUCUUUGUGGAAAGGUAUCGAGACAGACAAUUGCAAACAAAAAUACACACGUAAUGUUCUAUGUAUGAAAAAUAGGGUACAAGCCAUCAUAGCAAUGUGAGAACAGUAAACCAAUAAGCCAUCACAGUGAGUACAAAUAUGUAUGUGGUAAAACGUUUCUACAAAUAUUCGCUUUUAGAUAAAAGAAACGAAUAAUCUUGCAUAUACCAUGGAUAACUUUUGUACUUGUAAAAUAAUAAUGGAAGCUUGGGGGGUGUACAUUGGAAAAGGUACUGUAGAGUUAGAUCUGCUGUGUAGUACCACAAGUUUUAACAAUAGCGAAGAACUGGAAAUGGAUAUAGUAAGCCUAAAACUGGCUGCUGACAUAGAAAAUGUGCCGUAUUGUCGCAAAACUGAUGUGCAGGAUUCAGUGGACCUGGAUGCUGUUCAUAUGAGGGGUUGUUUCAUUGUUGUCACAUAAGCUUAGAUUUCUCUGGACCAUCUGAUAUGA